AUGCUAAAGCUACCCAAAGGCCUUAAAAAGAAGAAAAAAGGAAAAAAGUCUAAGCGUAAAGGUGAAGAAGAACUCUUCACUGAAGAGGAAUUAGAGAAGUAUAAAAAAGAACAUCAGCAAAAAGCUGAAAACGCUGGCACUACAAAGGAAAAUGAAGAAUGGUCUAAAUUUAAAGAUUUAACCACUGGUGUAGAUUCUGUAUUAAAAAAAACUCAGGGUGAUCUUGAUCGAAUAAAGUCAACAUCUUUCUUUCAACGAGUGACUAUUAAAAAUGAAAUAAAGCCAGCAGAAAAGGAAAAGCCGGUCAGACCAGUAGUUGAGGUUACUGAAGCUGACUUUCCCCAUCUUGCGCAGGCUAGUACCGCAGAAAACGACGAGGAUAAAAGUGAUUACGGUGUUACCGACGAUGAGUCUGAAGAGGAAGAUGAGGAUUAUGACAUUUUCGACACGUCUUAUAUAGACGCGGUUCAGCGUGGAGAAGUGAAACUAGCCUAUGUGCCAGAUUCUCCAGAAGAAAACCAAGACGACGACAUAUUUGAUACAUCUUAUGUUAAUGCCAUAAUAAAAGGUCAAGAAGUAAAGUCUUCAAAGGGUAAAAAAGAAUUAGAUAUCGGAGUUGCUGUAGAGGUUCUCACUGGACGUAUUGAUAAUGUUAAAGUUACAACAAAGAGAGCUAAGAGGACUAUACCAGGUGAUUUGUUAUUAGAAAGUGACGAUAAGGCCACUUCAGCUGUAUCGAGUUAUGUAAUUGAGGAUCCUGUGGAAAAAAGUAUUUUAGAUCUUGAUGCUGAUAUACCCAUUACAACACCAAUAGAUUUAAGUACAUCUUUAGUCGAACACAUCAAAAAAGAAGUACCAAAAGAUAUUCAAACCGAAGAUAACGCUACCGUUAAUAAUUGUGAAGAAGAAGUUGAUGAAUUUACAUUGUUAGCUGCAGAAUCUCUUGAAUGCAAAGUAGAAGUAUCUAAACUUGACGAAAGCGAUAUUAAUAUCGAACCAGUAAUACAAGAAGCGUGGUCUGCUUUUGAAGCGAAUUCAAAGGAAUCAGUUUUUGCGGAAGGAAUAGUUGAAGACCAACUUGAUGUUUUAGAUCCAUAUGUCGAUCAGGAUGACCCCUUUGAUACCAGUUUCGCUGAUGCUAUUGUUCCGCAGGCACAGUUUAACAACACUCAAGAAGUAAUUUUAGAGGAUGAUGACGACUUUGAUCCCCGCGCAGAAGAAGUGAAAGUAAAUCUAAAUAACAGGAGAAAAUCUUCUGUACGUAUUCAUUUGACAGACCCUUCUGGGAUUAGAGAGUCUAUCACUUCUGAUGAUAUUAUUGAUAAUAAUUUGAAUAAACCUGGACGUGACUUGUUAGGAGGAAGCACUACAGAUCUUACACAGCUAGCUGAUUCUCCUCUGAACCCAAUUGAAGUCAAUGAAAUAGAUCCGUUUGAUACAACAAUAGUCGAUAAAAUAGUUGCACCUGGAAAGAUUGAGUUAAAAUUACUCGAAAAAGAGUUAAUAGAUUCUACUCCUGCUGCAAUCUAUAAAGUUCCUAGUGAUCCAGACUUUGAUCCUCGCGCAGACGAAAUAGAAGAAAGAAACUCAGUUAGACGAUCGUCUCGUCCAGAAAAUUUAACAGUCAGCAAAAGCGUUAUAUUUAACGUAGACGGGACUGAAGAAAAUUCUUGCUUUGAUAAACAGUCUAAGCCAAGUAAGCCUUUAACACCAUAUUACACGCGAGAGCUAUCUAUCUCAGAGGACUUAUCCGAGGAUUACGAAGCUAAAGACAAAUUCUCUAACGUUUUACAGCGGACACGUUCUGAUGACGAUUUGUCCUCUCAUAAUAUAGCAGUAAAUACUAAAAGACGCCAUUCUGAAUUUCCCCAGACAAGCACAAAAGACUUUCCCACUGAUCUUCUUCAAAGCGAGGGUCUUGAUAUUAAAGUAAAAGUUUUAACCCCAGCUGGUGCUCCAAGUGACGAACAAACAUUCAGUACUGAAUCAGAAGAUCCGUUUGAUACAUCAUUCGCCAGUGACAUCAAACCAAGUAAAACAGAAUUAAGACUAUUAGCUAAGGAGUUUUCUUGCGAAGAUUCUACUGAUUCAGAGACGAAGGAAAAUAAAACGUUACUAGAAACAGAAGACGAUCUUUUCCAGAUAAAAGCACUCACACCUGAACCUUUAGAUAAUCUAGAAGCAGGUGGUCAAGAUUUUGAUCCAUUUGAUACAUCUUUUGCCAGUAAUCUGGCUCCGGGAAAAACCGAAGUUAAACUUCUCGAAUCAGAAUUUUUGAACUAG